AUGCCCAAAAUUUGCAAGAAGCUAUCCGUAACCUAUCAACCAAAACCGAGAGAAAAAUGGACAGUAAUCCAGAAGCUUGGUAGCAUGGGCGGAGGUCUGAACGGCGGCAUAAGCAAAGUCCAAUGUAGUAAUCCAAAAGCUCGGGGUAUGGUAUUCAUUGAGAAGCGCUUCAAUAAAGACGCGUUCGAGAACGAUGUACCGCGCAAAGAAAUCCAGAUUUUGCACCAGGUCCAGGACCACGAGAACAUUACUAAGAUGGUGGACCACUUUUUCAAUAAGCGCAAACCAGACGGAGCUGUGUAUCUGGAGUAUUGUACGGUAGGUAACCUGGCAGACGUCGCGCUCAAUGUUGCUAUGGGCGCCCACGUCAACGAACAUAAGAUAUGGAGAUGGUUCUUUGAACUGUCUUCUGCCCUUACGUACUGUCACCGUGGCCCGCAGCCAAUGAUGACCGAUGACGAGAUAUUCCAGUCCGGUUGGAGUAAAAUAUAUCAUCGCGACAUCAAGCCUGCGAACAUCCUACUGACGAUGGAAGGUGAUACAGUUAUAGCGAAGCUUGCCGACUUUGGAUUAGCAGUAACUGAAGACUAUCUGUCGCUUGAGCGUAGUAUAGAACGCGCUAUAAUGGAACCAGGGGGGACGCCUGGGUUCGACGCUCCAGAAUUUCCACUCUUCAGCGGCGCUUCAGAUGUCUGGCAACUAGGCUUGAGUAUGGUCUGCGCAUGUACCGGAAUCGUAGGCCCGCGAAGCAAAGAGUUCCCCCAUGGUCAAAGAUGGGACAAAGAACAACCGGCAGGCUCCAGCUAUACCAGAGAACUCAGUAGCAUACUGAAGAAAGCUCUAGAGCAAGACUUUGUAGAGCGGGUGCGCAUAUAUCCCCUGUUGAUGAACAUCAAGGCUGAAUAUGGGAGAAUCAGGGAACGACUUCCUGUCGACAAACGACUGCAUAGAGUCUACGAUCUAGCCGAAGAGCACGACAAAGGGAAGCCGCCAGCGGAACAUCGCAGACCAAAGCAUCAUUUCACGAAGUGGGAGGGCCCGGCUCGUCCCGGACAUGGAGGUGACCAUGGCAACCCGAUGCCGUUCUAUGGAGCGGGAUUCGAUGAAGAUGAGCUGGACCAGAUCAACUCAGGAAUGGGAUUUGGUCCUUAUAUGCCCGGUAAUUUCGACCCGAGGCGCAUGAAUGCAUUCAACCAGGGUUUAUGA